CCAAGUAGAGCUAUGGGGACUGUUGAAGAAACUCUGAAGUGUCCUGCCUGCCAGGAUUUUUUCACAGAUCCUGUCAAACUCCCAUGCAGACAUGAUUUUUGUCUGACCUGCAUCCAGGCUGUCUGUGAAGAUGGUCCUUUUUUCUGCCCAGAGUGUCAGAUCCUGCUACCAUCCAACAUCACCCUGGAGAUAGAUGCAAGCCUACAAAGCAAAGUGAAUGAUUUCAUUAUUAAAUCAUUGACGUCGUCGCCACGGACAGAAACCAAAUCUUCAUCAGUAAUCCUCUGCGACCACUGUAUUGCGGCGCCAUCAGAAGCUAUUCGGACCUGCCUGACCUGUGACGCCUCUUUGUGCCAGGCCCAUGCAUUGUUGCACCAGCAAAGGUCUGUACUGAGGGAGCACACCGUGGUGGAGGUGACACAGGAUCUGCUGUCUUUAAAAUGCAAGGAGCACCGUGAUGAGCUGAAGUUCUUUUGCUUGGAGGAGAGAGUCCCUGUUUGCUGUCUGUGUGUCCUGGUUGGUGCACACAAGAAUCACAAAGCAGCCCGACUACAUGAAGCCUGCACAGACUUAAAGGUCAUUAAAUAA